AUCCAAUCCAUCUUUCUUAGCUCUCUCAAAAGUCUUCAUCAAUGGCAUCCAAAACCCUUUGUUUUUUAAUUUCCACCCUUCUUUUUGUCUUCCAAUUCCACUUCUCCAUUGAACAAACAACGGUUGUCAAAGGAAGCUACUGGUUUCCAGGAAGUGGUUUUCCAGUUUCUGACAUAAACUCUACACUUUUCACUCACCUUUUCUGUGCAUUUGCUGAUGUUAAUUCUCAAACCUAUCAAGUUACUAUCUCAUCCUCAAACCAACCCCAAUUCUCUACUUUCACACAAACAGUCAAACAAAAGAACCCCUCGAUAAAAACCCUUUUGUCCAUUGGCGGUGGAGGUGCCAAUGUUAACACUUUUGCUUCAAUGGCUAGCCAACCCAGUUCUAGAAAAUCAUUCAUCGAUGCAUCAAUAAAGUUAGCAAGAUCUUACAAUUUUCAUGGCCUUGAUCUUGAUUGGGAAUACCCUUCUAAUUCUACACAAAUGACUAAUUUUGCUUCUCUUGUUACUGAGUGGAGAGCCGCUGUAGGCACUGAGGCUCAAAACUCCGGCCAGUCACCAUUACUUUUAUCUGCUGCAGUUCUUUACUUAUCUUAUUACUACUCACCAUCUGUAUCAUAUCCAAUUCAAGCUAUAUCAAAUAGCUUGGAUUGGAUAAACUUAAUGGCUUACGAUUUCUAUGGUCCUGGUUGGUCUCCAUCUAGUACUGGACCACCCGCUGCAUUAUACAAUCCUGGUCAUCAAGAAAGUGGAGAUAAUGGGGUUAAAUCUUGGAUUCAAGCUGGUUUAUCAGCAAAGAAAAUAGUUUUAGGAUUUCCUUUCUAUGGCUGGUCAUGGCGUCUUGUAAAUGCUAACAACCAUGGACUUUUUGCUCCAGCUAAUGGAGCUGGUCUUGCGGGAGAUGGAUCAAUACGUUAUAACAAGAUCAUACAGUAUAUAACCCAAACAAGUGCUACAAAAGUUUUUAAUGCCACUGUUGUUACUGAUUAUUGCUACAAUGGAACAAUAUGGAUUGGAUACGAUGAUACACAGAGUAUUUCGACAAAGGUUUCAUAUGCUAAAGGAAAAGGAUUACUUGGCUAUUUUUCUUGGCAUGUUGGCGCUGACAACAAUUGGGCUCUUUCUACCAAAGCAUUCCAGACAUGGGAAGCAUAGACUUCACUCGGUGGUCAAAAAAGGAAUAAAAAUUAAGGAAUAAACCAUAGCUAUAAGUAUAAAAAUUCUAUUAAAACAAAUUAAAUGUUACCAAAAUUUAAAAAUAAAAUGCUAUGGAUCAAUGUACUCGAAUGCUUUUUUUUUUUUUUAUAUUGUAAUCAUCUCUAAGAAUGUCAAACCCUUUAAUAAUAUUAAUACGAGAACUAUUGUGUUGUAA